GCACCCCACUUCGCAGCUGCAAGCUAGGGUUUUGCUUCCUUGUUCCUCUUUAACAAGAAAGGGGUAGAAAAGGGGGGAGAAAAGAAAAUAGAGGAAAAUGGAUUCGUACUCAUCGCCUUCCUUUUCUUCAGAAUCGUCAAGCCAGUCGCCAGAGGCAGUGAUGGACCAGCUCAAGGCCCACUUAGCUCAGGCCUACGCUGAAGAGUUCCUCGAGACGGUAAGGGGCAAGUGCUUCUCAAAGUGUAUCACAAAGCCUGGGACAAGCUUGAGCGGGAGUGAGAGCAGUUGCAUCUCUCGGUGUGUGGAGCGCUACAUGGAGGCUACUGGAAUUGUGGGUCGAGCUCUUUUCAGUGCCCAACGUUAACGUUGACAUAACUGAAAUUUCUUCCUUUGCCCCAAUGAUAUAAAACCAACUCUAGAUGGAGGAGCUUCUUUGAUUAUCCAAUAUUUAUGAUCUUCCUAUCACAAUCUUAAGUACAAUCUUGGUGUCUCGAUGAAUCUGUUCUGUGGGCUUGUAGUGCUCUACUAUAUGAUCCAACGUAUGUAAAUUCUUCUGUUUGAAUUGAAUGUGACAAUUGCUGAAAUUAGUUGUCUUGUAUUUAAUAUAUUCUUGUGUUUUGAAA